AAUGAUGGGACGGCAGAGCGGGGAUCCAUUUGCAGCUUUAUUGAGAAUAGUCACCAAGGCAGACAGGGGCAAAGGCAAAGACAUAAACGGGACAGGCAAUGGUCGAGGCAGGCAGCAGACAAACUGUAUCGGGUCACAGGCGGAGAUCAGGGCAGGCAGCAAACAAUCACAGUCCAGUACACAGGCAAGGUUCAGGGCAGGCAGCAGAGAAUCACAACGAAUAAACAAUCCAACGGUAACAGGGUAAACAGUCCACAAGAAAACGCUCAGAGUUGAUCACCGGGGCAAAUCAAGACUUCGCAAAGGGUGUGUGUGUGUGUGUGUCUUAAAUAGUCCAGGUAAUGAUCUGCAGGUGUGUGUGGCAAUUGGUGAUUGGUGCAUGUGAUUGGAAGGGAGGAUUAUGGGAAGUGGAGUCCAGGAACUGACAGGAACAGACAGUGAUCGUGACAUAACGCCCCCCUUCCGGAAGGCGCGUCCUCGCGGCGUAAAUGGCACAGAUAGGGAGGGGGGGUGGGUACAUUGGAGACCUGUUGGCAGACGGGAACGGGGUCUCCAAUGCAGGUCCAGGAACUCGGGCAGCCACGGGGGGUCAGGUGCCACGGGCAGCCACGGCGGGUCAGGUGCCACGGGCAGCCACGGCGGGUCAGGUGCCACGGGCAGCCACGGCGGGUCAGGUGCCACGGGCAGCCACGGCGGGUCAGGUGCCACGGGCAGCCACGGCGGGUCAGGUGCCACGGGCAGCCACGGCGGGUCAGGUGCCACGGGCAGCCACGGCGGGUCAGGUGCCACGGGCAGCCACGGCGGGUCAGGUGCCACGGGCAGCCACGGCGGGUCAGGUGCCACGGGCAGCCACGGCGGGUCAGGUGCCACGGGCAGCCACGGCGGGUCAGGUGCCACGGGCAGCCACGGCGGGUCAGGUGGCUUGGGCAACCACGGCGGGUCAGGUGGCUUGGGCAACCACGGCAGGUCAGGUAGCUUGGGCGCCCACGGCAGGUCAGGGUCCGUAGCCGGCCACAGCAGUUCACAGGCGGUUGAAGACCGUGGGCGUGUAAGGUCCCCACCCGCAAGCUCAAGCAAUUCGGAGGCCGCUGAUGAUCGCGGCCGUGCAGGGUCCCCACCCACAAGCUCCCCACCCUCAGGUAUAUGGCCCCCCCCAAAAAAGUUCUUGGGGAAUUCAACGGAGGCCGUGGCGGUUUCGUGGGUAAGGAGCUCGGGUGGCGCCGGCAGGGCGAGGAGCUCGGGUGGCGCCGGCAGGGCGAGGAGCUCGGGUGGCGCCGGCAGGGCGAGGAGCUCGGGUGGCGCCGGCAGGGCGAGGAGCUCGGGUGGCGCCGGCAGGGCGAGGAGCUCGGGUGGCGCCGGCAGGGCGAGGAGCUCGGUGCCGGCCUCCGUGGCUGUAUCAGGAAGAGCGGAUUGCUCUGGGACGGCAGCGGGCUGCUCUGGGACGGCAGCGGGCUGCUCUGGGACGGCCUCCGGGCCUACAGCGGGCUCUGGGAAGGCCUCCGGGCCUUGAGGGCUGGAGGAAGCCUUCUUCCUCCUCCUCCUCCGUUUGAAUGGUUGAGGCGGUGGCUCUGUGCCUACCUCCUCGGUGGGCGCUGCAGCGGGCUCACGGGGUGGAGCGGACUCACUGGCUGGGACGACCCCUAUGUUCCCAGACACUGGCGGGGCGGCCAUCUUGCCCGUGGGCACUGGCAAAGCAGCCAUCUUGUCCAUAGCAUCCCGAGAGGUUGAGUGCGUCGCAACCGGCGAGCUUGAGGGCGUAGCAACCGGCGAGCUUGAGGGCGUAGCAACCGGCGAGCUUGAGGGCGUAGCAACCGGCGAGCUUGAGGGCGUAGCAACCGGCGAGCUUGAGGGCGUCGCGGCCAGCGGGCUUGAGUGCGAAGCGGCCGGCGGAGGCUUAGGAAUGCCAGCCGCUCGUGCUGAAGUCAGCGGUGGAUCAGCCACACUGGAACGCAACCCACCCUGCUCCCAAACAGAUCCAGAGACGUAACGUGACUCUAGAAGAACAGCGGGGACAUGACGUUGUUCUGGAAGAUCAGAGGAGACGUGACUUGGCUCACGGAGGUCAACUGUGACUUGACUUGGUUCAGGAUAAUCAGCGCUGACUUGACUUGGUGUUGUUAUUAUGGUGGCCGCCAUUUUGUGAGCGUCAUCUGGCGCGGCGGCCAUUACGUGAAUGGAUGAAGUGUCGCAUUUCUCCACGACACCCACAGUAAAUGGAGAGCCAACAGUCAAUAAAGCAUAAUCCAAAAACAGACUUAAAGAUGAACGGGGUCCCUCACGAAUGAGUUGUUUUUUAAGUGGCUGAUUGAUGCCCUCACAGAAAAAGUCUAUGAGCACGCAGUCCGGCAGAUCUGACCAAUAAGCAAUGUUCAAAUAUUCUGUGAUAUAAUCCUCUAUCGAUCGUGUGCCCUGCGUGAGUCCUAAUAACAAUUGUGCGAUGUUCCUACCGGGCCAUUGUUCUUCAGGAAAGCCGCUGGAUCCAUGUGUUGGCGAAGUCUUCUGUAAUGAUGGGACGGCAGAGCGGGGAUCCAUUUGCAGCUUUAUUGAGAAUAGUCACCAAGGCAGACAGGGGCAAAGGCAAAGACAUAAACGGGACAGGCAAUGGUCGAGGCAGGCAGCAGACAAACUGUAUCGGGUCACAGGCGGAGAUCAGGGCAGGCGGCAAACA